CCUGGAGCUUACGACGUGAUUGCCUAGUCCGGUUUAGCCCACGCCAGAGCGAAUACGCCGUUAGCCUUAAGUUCGGAGGAGGCGAAUACAGCACUGGACAAUUCCGACGGCUGGAGCAGAGCCUAAAUCCUCACCAAUAAUAAUAACCUGGGCAGUGCAGUCAUGAGCUCUAAGAGCGCCAGGGCCUCACUAGCGAGCUAGGCUGACAUACCCAACGUCCUCGGACAAGAAGAUAUAAAAUCCCCGCGCAUUUCUCGCCCCCAGCGAAUCCUUCCGACCACCGCCAAUAAUUUACCCAAAAAUGCCUCCCAAAUUCGUCCUCAUAACCGGCUGCAGCGAUGGCGGCCUGGGCUCAGCACUCGCGCUCUCCUUCGCAAAACACCCCAACAUACACAUCUUCGCGACAGCCCGAAAUAUCUCGAAAAUGAGCGCUCUCGCCGACAAACAAAACAUCACCCUCGUCCACCUCGACGUGACAGACCGCGCCUCGAUAAAAUCCGCUGUCGCGACCGUGUCAGAGGCCACGGGUGGCAAACUCGAUUACCUGGUCAACAACGCGGGGCGGAAUCGGUACAUGCCUGUUCUCGAUGAGGAUCUGGAUGUUGCUCGGCAGGUGUUUGAGACGAAUGUGUGGGGCGCGGUUGCGGUUCUUCAGGGGUUUAAGGGGCUGGUCAUCUCUGCGAAGGGGGUCGUUGUUAGUGUGAGUAGUGUGGGGGGGCAUUGUACUGUUCCUUAUAUGGGCGUCUAUGGCGCGUCGAAGAGGUCGCUGGAGAUCAUCACCGAGACGUUGCGUAUUGAGCUUGCGCCGUUUGGGGUCAGGGUCGCGACGCUGGUGACGGGGGCUGUGGAGUCGCAGGGCAAGACGCACUCCGAUGGGUUGACUCUACCGGAGGACAGUCUGUACAAGAGCAUAGAGGAAGAUGUUAUUGCCCGCGCAACGUGGAAUGAUGGCGUACCGCGGGAGUCAGCAUCCAAGUGGGCGGACAACGUUGUCGCAAAGCUCAUCGGAGGCGCAUCGGGGUUGAUCUGGGCAGGAAGCCAUGCAGGGACUAUGUGGCUCUUUGAAAAAGUGCUCCCUUCGUGGAUCUUCGACAAGCUCAUGACGAUGGGACAAGGACUGGAUAAGCUGGAACAGAAGAACUGAUUUGGCGGGCUUGGGGUACAGAUAAGCUAGCUAAUACAGGGCUAUCAAGUGGCUACUUCUUGGUCAUGCGGACCACUGCCUGUGCCAGGGAGCCUUUUACCGAGUGUUUCACCGAGUCUUUCAUCGUGUCGAGAGUGUUCAUCACUUUGGCUUGUGCCAUGCUAUCCUUCAUGGAGUCUCUGACCGUGUCGAUCGCGACCUUGACCUUUUCCUUUACACCAUCGUGCUUUUGUACGGCGACCGGACACGAGCAUGGGAGUUUGACGGCGCUGAUAGAGUGUAUGUUCAACGAAAAGGGGCCUUCCUGCCGUUCGUCGGUACUAGACCGUUAGCAUACCCCAAGACAUAGCAGAGUACGGCCGCUUACUUUCGAAUCCAAAUCCCAAAUCCUUUGAUCCUCCGUAGAUCCAACGGCGUCGGCGGCUCUCCAUUUCCGCAGAUGGGCUGUAGGCGGCUGAAGCGAAUCCAGCGUUUCGUUGGCGUCAUGAGUCCCUUUGCAUUCCUCGCACAAAACGUGUCCUCCCAGGCGAAUGGCCGCUCA